AUGAAUCGUACCGAGCGAGGUGUAACCGAAAACUCCUUUGCCAGUGAUGCAGAUGCGUCCCGUUGGAAUGUGCGAAUCUUGUGCAGUCCAGUGGAUGUGGUCCUAUGUCCUGCGUUGAUCGAGCUUUCCCGUCAAAUUGUUACCAUUUUGACCAUGAAUGACAACACUGAGAAUUCUGCCAAAUUUUCCGGUCAUCCACAACAGGCGCUUAGUUCCAAUUUGAAUCUUCAUAUUCUGUUGCGUUCGUCGAGGUUAUUUCUGCCUCUGAAUAAGCUGGAAUCAAUCAGCGAAGAUGGAAACGGCCGAGAGCUAGCUGAUACUUUGUCUUUCUCAUUGGAAUCUUUGGAAUUGAAACCGCUCACAGACAACCGCUUGGAACGUCCGCCACUGUUUGAUAAACAUCAAAUUUACCCGGAACCUUUUGUUGCCAUGCGUCAUGCACCAAACGAGACUGAUUUGCAGUAUGUGUUAGAUGUACAUGCUUGCGCCGUACAAGCUGUGACAUUUUACUCAAUUACCCAGUCUAACAAUCCGCAUACCUGGUCCUCUCGGGUUAGUGUUGGUGUGUUUCAUAGCGGUACCACUGGAGAAGGGGGUGCAAGUGGUUGUACUGUGGCAUCUCGACGAAAUAUGACUCCGGAACACCAAAACCCGGCACAAUAUUGGAACCAGUCUAAUUGUUGUGAGAAAAAGGGCUAUGUAUGCAUUUUCGUACUGGUCGUUUGUUAA